AUGUCGGUAGCACUGCAGGUGGCCGGGGAGCCGCGUGCGGUCGAUGCCGAUGCCGGGUCCCCGUCUGGGGUGAAACCGCCUCCUUCCUGCCCGCGCUGCGAGGCGAGCGCGGGGACACGACUGCAGGCAGCGCCGCCAUGUGCUGCCGGGCUCCGCGAGGGGCUGGGGAUGUGCCACCUGCAAACAGCGCGGUGCUGCCGCCUCCAUUGGCUCCCGGCUGCGGCGCUGCCUAUAUAUCACCCGCCCCGCACCGGGGGGGUCUGGCUCGGCGAGAUGGUGCCCGUCGGGGUGCUGGGGCUGCUCCUGUGCGUGCAGCUCUGCGGGGGCACCGGGGAGCUGCGGCUGGUGGACGGCGGCGGGCGCUGUGCCGGCCGGGUGGAGGUGAAGCACAAGGGCGAGUGGGGCUCCGUCUGCGUCUACGACUUUGACUGGGAUGCCAGAUGGGCCACCGUGGUGUGCCGGUACCUGGGCUGUGGCCCGGUGGUCAGGUCGUCCCCCUACGCCCCGUUCGGGCAGGGCACCGGCCGGAUUUGGCUCCAGCCCUUCUUCUGCCGGGGCGAUGAGACGAUGCUGCAGGAGUGUCCCAACUUCGGCUGGGGUCAGCACUUCUGUGGCCACAGCUGGGACGUGGGGGUGACCUGUGCAGACGCGAUGGAGCUGAGGCUGGUCGGCGGUGGGGGUCCCUGCGCCGGGAGGGUGGAGGUGAAGCUCCAGGGACGUUGGGGCUCGGUGGCGGACAACAGCUGGGACAUGGAGGACGCCGAGGUGGUAUGCCAGCAGCUGGGCUGUGGCUCGGCCGCCGGUGCCUAUGCUGCCAGCGCCCGCUUCGGCAAAGGGGACGGCCCCAUCAGCCUGGCUCUGAUCGACUGCCGUGGGGACGAGACCGCCCUCUGGAACUGCGAGAUCCGCGGCUGGGGACCCUACACCGGCCGUCAUGAGUUCGACACCGCCGUCGUCUGCCAAGGGUUCACCCGGCUGGUCGGCAGCGCCAGCGCCUGCGCCGGGCGUCUGGAGGUGCGGCGUGGCCGAACCUGGACCAGCGUCUGCCAGGACCACGUGGACAUCAAGGCCGCCCAGGUGGUGUGCCGGGAGCUGGGCUGUGGCACGGCGCUGGCCGUCCACGGCUGGUUUGAGGCGGGAACGGGGCCGCUCUGGGAGGGGGGGUUCGAGUGCACCGGCACCGAGCUCCUCCUCUCUGCCUGCGCCCAGCGGCAGCCCCGCGGCCAGGGCUGCACCGGCCAUGCCGGCAUCAUCUGCUCCCCCUACACCGGUUUCCGGCUGGGGGACAACAGCUCGAGCUGCGCCGGGCGGGUGGAGGCGGAGGCGGGGGGGACGUGGGGGUCCGUCUGCGCCACCGACUGGGACCUGCCCGACGCCCACGUCCUCUGCCACCACCUCGGCUGCGGCCGCGCCGCCACCGUGCCCCCGGGAGGCUCCUUCGGCGUCGGGGACGGGCCGCUGCGGCGGGACAUCUUCGGCUGCGACGGGAGCGAGCGGCACCCGGGCGAGUGCCCCACGGUGGUGCUGGGGGAGCCCCCCUGCCUCCCCGGCCACGCUGCCGCCGUCAACUGCUCAGGCGUUGCCGAGCCCCUGCGGCUGGCGGAGGGGGAGAGCCGGUGCAACGGGCGGCUGGAGGUCGCCGCAAGCCUCGGUGCCUGGGCCCGUGUGCCGGCGGGGCUGUGGGACGCCCGGGGUGGCGGCGUGGUGUGCCGGCAGCUGAGCUGCGGCAUGCCGGAGAAGAUCUACAGCGUGCCGGGCUCGGGCACCGCGGCGCUGCGGGGGCUGUGGUGCGCCGGCACCGAGGAGAGCGUGGCCCAGUGCAACGUCUCGGGGAUGGCCGUCGUGCCGACCAGCAGCCCUGAAGAGGUGGCCAUCGUCUGCUCGGGCAGCCGGCGGGUGAGGCUGGCAGGCGGCCCCGGGCGCUGCGCCGGGCGAGUGGAGAUCUACGGCAAUGGCACCUGGGGCAGCGUCUGCCAGGACACCUGGGACCUCUCGGACGCCACGGUCGUCUGCCGCCAGCUGGGCUGCGGAACGGCUCUGGAGGAACCCAGGUCGGCUCGCUUCGGUCCCGGCACGGGGCCCCUGUGGCCGGAUGCCGGUGGCUGCGCCGGGACGGAGGCGUCGCUCUGGGACUGCCCGGCCUUGGCACGGCACGUCUGCCGGCGCGGUGGCGGGGCGGUAGCCGUGUGCUCAGAGCAGCUCUCCCUGCGGCUGGUGGGCGGCAGCACCCGCUGCAACGGGCACCUGGAGGUGCUCUACAACGGCACCUGGGGCCGCGUGUGCGCCAACGGCACCAGCCCCGCCACGGCCAGCGCCGUCUGCCGGCAGCUGGGCUGCGGGGACGGGGGCUGGCUGGUGGCCGCCCCUGCCCAGGACCCCGCGCCCGCCUGGCUGUCCUGGGUGGGCUGCGAGGAGGGGGCUCGCUGGCUCUGGCGGUGCCCGGCGGCACCCUGGCACCUGCAGGACUGCGGCCCCGACGGGGACGCCCACGUCACUUGUGACGAGGACAGCGGUGGCACGAGCGGGACCCCCACCCCAUCCCCAGGUGUCCCCAGCAGCACCACCCCGGCGGCAGCGUCGGGGACCGCGUCGGUGCCCACGGUCCUGUGCGCGGUCCUGGGGACGCUGCUGUGCCUGGCCCUGGGCGCCCUGGCCGUGCAGGCGUGCCGUGCCCGGGCUCAGCGCCGAGGCCCCGACGGAGCCGCGGGCGCCAUCUCUGACGCCAUCUACGAGGAGCUGGACUACGCCCUGACGCCGGAGUACCAGGAGGUGCCCAGUCGCUCAGGCUCCCUAUCGGAGGGGUCGGGGACGAAGCUGCCGUAUUACCCCAAGGACAGCGUGGAGCGGAGUGACCCCAAGGCAGCCCCAGACUCCCCUGCCCAGCACGGCCCCUCGCAUUACUAUGACGAUGCCACGGCUGUGUCGCAAGAGUCCCCCGCUGCCAGCGCUGGGGACAUCUCCGAGGGGGAGGCGCAGAGGAGCUGGGGCCGUGUCCCACCCGCAGGUGGGAGCUGCCCCCCGCCAAGUCCCCCGGGAGCCGCGAGGGACCCCCCGGCACAGCCCCCGGGGAACGUGGACUACGACGAUGUUGGCAUCAGCACCCCGGGGACAUCGCUGUGAGGAUGCCCGGGUCACACACGUGCAGGGUGGUGGGGCUGUCCCCAAGAUGGGGUGGCCUUGGCCACAGAGGAGGUCACAUCUCCCUGCCCAGGGCCGCAGCACAGCAGCAAAACAGCUCCCGCAGGGUUGGGGU